AUGACUGAGCGUCGUGAUAACGUUUCCCACGCACCUGAUGCCAUCGAGGGCCCAAACGAUGGUGCUCACGCCGAGGACACAUCACCGGGUUUUUUCUCACUCGAGAAUCUUGGUGUGGCGCAGGUACAAGUCGUCGGAGGAACUCUGAACGGAUUUUCCAUCGGCUUUGUUGCUGUGUACAUCCUUCUCUAUGAAGUGGCGACGAAUUGUUCAUUAUUCAAGACUACGGAAGCGUGCAAGGCCGUGGGUUCUUAUGGAUGUGAGUGGAAGGAUACGGAAGUGUGCUCAUGGAAGAAGGAAUGUGACUCCGAUUCCGAUGGUGUCAAUCCAUGCGAAAGCCUUAUUGGGUACAGCUCGCUUUACAGCGGUAUCUUUGCUUCUGCCAUGAUCGUUGGUUCAAUGGUUGGGUCGAUUAUAGCCGGGAAGUGCAUCACUAUGUUUGGACUGAAGAAAUCAUUCAUCAUUGUUGGCGUCAUGAGUGUUGUGGCGUCUGCACUGAACCACAUAUCCGUGGCAACGAAUGAGUUUUGGGUUCUAUGCGCUGGACGAGUGCUCAUGGGUAUCGGUCUCGGCGUUGUUUGCGUUAUUUGCCCCAUGUAUGUGAAUGAGAACGCACAUCCCAAACUCUCUAAGGUGGACGGUGUGUUGUUUCAGGUGUUCAUCACGUUUGGGAUUAUGCUUGCCGCGAUGCUGGGUCUGAUUUUGGACAAAACGGUUAACUAUGAUAAUGACCCCGACAUGGCUGGGCGUUUUCACGGUUUUUGUGCAGUGUCAUCCGUACUCUCCGUCGCCAUGUUCCUAGUGGGCAUGUUCCUCCGCGAAAGCACUGCAACAUUUUCCCAAGACGAUGAUGGUAAGGCUGAUGGCGGAAUGGACCCCAACGAGUAUGGCUGGGGGCAGAUGUUGUGGCCACUGUUCAUGGGCGCUGUAACCGCUGGUACGCUGCAGCUGACUGGGAUCAACGCGGUAAUGAACUAUGCGCCGAAGAUUACAGAGAACCUCGGAAUGGACCCAUCACUUGGCAACUUUCUGGUUAUGGCAUGGAAUUUUGUGACAUCCCUUGCGGCUAUUCCACUUGCGUCACGCUUUACGAUGCGUCAAAUGUUUAUCACCUGUUCCUUUGUUGCGUCAUGUAUGUGCUUGUUCCUAUGUGGAAUCCCAGUGUUCCCCGGUGUUGCUGAAGAAAAGGUGAAGAAUGGUGUGGCAACUACUGGUAUCGCCCUGUUCAUAGCUGCAUUUGAGUUUGGUGUUGGGUCGUGCUUCUUCGUGCUUGCACAGGACCUUUUCCCACCAUCAUUCCGACCUAAGGGCUCUUCGUUUGUUGUCAUGAUGCAGUUUAUCUUUAACAUCCUUAUUAACCUAUUGUAUCCCAUUACAACCGAAGCUAUAUCUGGUGGGCCAACCGGCGACCAGGAUAAGGGACAGGCCGUUGUAUUCAUACUGUUUGGUUUAAUUGGCUUGAUUUGUUUCGUUCUGCAGUUCUUUUACUUGUAUCCAUAUGAUGCCAAUCAGGACCAUGAGAAUGACCAUGGCACUGAGCCCGUGGAACGUAUUGCUUCUCCCGUUGAUGUCCCCACGCCGCGGAACUAA